AUGUGCCCUGAAUCAGGGCAGCAGUUAGCAUCACUGGAAGUGAAUGGACUGAAAAUAAGGAAUGAGUCAAUAUUUAUAAGCAAAAUUCAGGGCUUAGACUUUGCGGUGCUCCUGACACCCAUCUCGCGCCAAGUCAGAGACACACACUCUCCUAGGAAGCGCAACCAGUGUCAUCCUUGGCGGCCCCCACCCUCUGCCAGCAGAGGCCAUGGGAUCGCGCCGGCCAAGGCGAGACACCCGGGGUCACCACGUCAAGGCUCGGGCUGGCGGAUCCUCAGGGCAGACCCCGGCGCGAGGCCCUCCAAUCACCUGCUUCCCUCCCCGUCCCCACUGCUGCCCCGCAAGGGCCGGCGCCCCGGCCGCGAGAUAGGAGGCGGACGGGCGGGUCCCGGGGACGCGGAGCGCGUCGGAGUGAGCGCACCAGUGUCCCGCGCGCCCGCCGCGCUCGCCCCGCAGCGGCUUCCAGCCCCGCGCCAGCCGCGCUGCGACUCAACCCAAGCCGCUCACCCGCUGCGUCUUGGAGGCCUCCCGGGCGGGCGAGGGAAGAGCCGUCCACCGCCUCCCAUCCAGGCUCCCAGCACGGAGUCCCCUCCAUACGCCAUCCGGACCGCGGGGCUGCCCCCGGGAGUCGCUGAGGCCGAGCACCCCGGGAAGGAGGAUCCCACGGACGCCUGCAGCCCGAGAGACACGACAACCCCAAAAAAUAAUCCAAGCAGAUGGAACUUAUUCCCACAACACAUGAUCUGCAAAAUAAGGUUUGGCCAACUAAGACUUCUUUGCAGUUGCUGAAAGAAGAGCAAAGGACAUACUUCUUUAUGGCCAUACUUGUUUAAGAAAAAGAGAAAAUAAAAUAAGCUAAA